AUGGAGUAUCCCCAAGAAAGGUUCCUCGCGACGACGUUCAUCCCAGGAUCAUUUUGGGCGCGUCGCCGCGAAGUGGUUCGGGCGCAAACACUACGGCACCAGCUUUUGAUGCUGAAGCAGACAGGACGAUACGAGGCGUUCAAACUACAAUGGCAUCCGAGCUACGCAGAACCUCCCACCGUCUAUCCCAUUCCCAACCAUCAAUUCUGGGACUCCGAUGUCGCGAAGUGGAUCGAAGGCGCCUGCUAUCUGCUGGUAGAUCAAUUUGAUGAAGAAAUCGAUGCAGCCGUGAGAGAGCUAGUGCAGAUGAUCCGUGGUGCGCAGCAUCCUGAUGGGUAUCUCAAUAUCCAUUACUCUGUGGUGGAACCAGGGAAGCGUUUUACCAAUUUGCGCGAUAUGCAUGAGCUGUAUAAUGCCGGCCAUCUCAUUGAAGGCGCUCUCGCCCACCAUCUCUUUUACAAAAACGACGAGAUGCUAGCGCCGAUUCUCAAAUAUGUUGAUCUGCUCGCUGCUGAGCUGGGGGCCCAGGAAGGACAGAUUCCCGGUUAUCCUGGCCACCCCGAAAUCGAAUUGGCUCUUUUACGUCUUCACAGAUUGACUGGAGAUCCGAAGCAUCUUCGCCUAGCACGAUUCUUCAUUGAAGAACGAGGAAACCCCCACGGCGGUAAAGAGAAACGGCACUACUACGACGUGGAGGCAGAGGCCAGAGGAGAAAGCGAACAUGACCUGCCCAUGUAUUUUCCUGCUGCGAGAAGCUACUGGUACCAGCAAGCACAUGUACCAAUUGCCGACCAGGAGACUAUUGAAGGGCAUUCAGUGCGGGCCAUGUAUCUCCUCACCGCAGUAGCCGACCUUGUCCGAAUUUUCAAGCCAGACAGUGAGCUUGGCGCCAAAUUCUUACCGGCCCUUCAUCGACUAUGGUCGAAUAUGGUGGAAAAGAAGGCCUAUGUGACUGGUGGCAUUGGCGCGAUGAAGAAAUGGGAAGGAUUCGGUGGUGAUUACUUUCUUCCCCAGGGAACAGACGAAGGCGGAUGCUAUGCAGAGACUUGUGCAGCAAUCGGUGUCAUGAUGCUGGCUGAACGCUUGUUGCAGUUCGAGUUGAAAGGCGAAUACGCUGAUAUGAUGGAGCUUUGCCUUUACAAUGCGGUAUUGACUGGAAUGAGCUUGGAUGGUAAAGCAUUUACUUACGUGAAUCAAUUGGCGUCAUCAGAUCAAGAUCUUUCUCAGCGCCAUGAGUGGUUCGAGUGUGCUUGUUGUCCCCCGAAUGUGACCCGAACUCUGGGAUUUCUGGGAGGUUAUAUCUGGAGCCAUUCCAUGCAGGAUGACUUUGUAGUUGUCAACGUGCAUCUGUACACUUCUGCGAGUCUAAACCUCCAAACUGCCGAAUCCACAGUCCAGAUUACGCAAACAACGGACUGGCCCUGGGAUGGCGAUGUUACCUUCGACGUCAAGACCGAAGGACCGCAGAUCAAGCUCGAGUUGCGACUGAGAAUUGCAGGUUGGGCAGCAUCCUGGCAAAUCACCCCUCGUCCCGACAAUCUCGACAUCCGGGAUGGAUAUGUCUAUUUGGAUCCAGCCUGGGUACAGGCGCAUGCACAGUUCCGAUUUUCCUGCCCCAUGCAGCCACGCGUUGUUCGGCCCCAUCCCUUAACGAUGCAGCCUGUGGCAUACGUCAUGCGUGGCCCAAUUGUGUAUUGUGUGGAAGAUGUUGAUCACCCGUGGGAAAAGAAUCAUUUCAAGCGGACAAUUUUCGACUCAAGCGUGCCUCUGCGGGAAGAAACUCGAUCUGAGCCAGAUUCCUAUGUCGCUCUCAUUGCGGAGAAAGGUGUCUACGGAGAUUUAGAUACCUCUGAAUGGGAGGAUAGGAUCGUCGCUGAGUCUGGGGGUGCUAUUGCGGGGGAACCGAAGGAUCUUUGUUUUAUCCCUUACUAUCUUCGAGCCAACCGAGGUGGCCGAGGGCAGAUGCGAGUUGGACUGCGGCUUGCUUUCUGA